GACUUGAGGAGUAGGCGUGGCUUUGUCGCCCGGGGAGGGCGUGGUCCGAGCCUGUCAGUUUGGAGUCAUGGAAGAGGAGCAGAAUGUAGAGUUUUUCCAAGAAGGUGGAGAUGUGUCCAGUGACCGGGAACGGAAGUGUACAGCGUUUGCCAGCAUUGCAGGCUGCGACCAGGGGGUGGCUCAGUGUUAUCUGGCAGAGAAUGACUGGGAUCUGGAAAGAGCCAUUAACUCAUUCUUUGAACCUGGAGUAGAGAGCAUCUCGCAGGAGGGGAAUACAAAUCAAGAGACACAGGAGGGAAAUCGAAGUGAACAAACUACCUCCGAAGGACAACAAAUGCCUGUAACCGCUCCAGAUUGCUGCAUAGAUCUGACCAGUGAUGAGCCAGUUGUUAAUACAGCAAAGAACACAGCAGCGAGCCAGAAAGAUGAAAGCCAUUUUAUCUUUGUCACAUGGAAUAUUGAUGGGCUCGACUUAUCCAAUCUUCCAGAAAGAGCUCGGGCUGUUUGUUCAUAUUUAGCUUUGUACAGUCCAGAUGUUGUGUUUUUACAAGAGGUUAUACCUCCUUUGUAUGAUUAUCUAAAGAAGAGAGCGGUUAGCUACACAAUCAUUACAGGAAAUGAUGAUGAAUACUUCACUGCCAUUAUGCUGAAAAAAUCCAGAGCGACGCUAGUAAGCCAAGAAACGAUUCCUUUCCCAACAACUUCCAUGAUGAGGAAUUUGCUGGUGGCGAAUGUGAAACUCUGUGGCAGUGACAUCUGCCUAAUGACUUCCCACUUGGAGAGCACCAAAGAUCAUGCAAAUGAGCGGAUGAAGCAGCUGGGCAUUGUACUUCAGAAGAUGUUGGAGGUUCCACCAUCAACCACUGUGAUAUUUGGUGGUGAUACCAACUUAAGAGACAAAGAGGUUGAAAAAAUAGGUGGCCUGCCCAGUCCCAUCUUGGACAUCUGGGAAUUUCUGGGGAACCCUGAAAAUUGCCGUUAUACGUGGGACACAAAAAUGAACAACAACUUAAAGGCUUCAUACACCUGCAGGAUGCGCUUUGACCGAAUACUGUACCGCUGUGCUGUAGAUGGCAUCCAAGUAAUUCCUCAGUCUUUGGAAUUGAUUGGCACUGAAAAACUGGAUUGUGGUAGAUUUCCUAGUGACCACUGGGGAUUAUUGUGUGAUUUUGAUGUGAUUUUAUGAGCUGAAUAUUUUAUAAUUUGCAAAUUAAAAGUUUUUAUAGAACAU